AGUUGGUCGUAGUGUUUGCGAAGUGACUGUUGAAGCGGAGGCGUCUGUGAUACCGCUAAUACCACAUUAGCUUACAGCAGUGUAUGUGAAUGCUGGCAUCAGAGACGUUUUCUUCUCUUUUUAUCCUAUAAAGGAGAACUUAUUCUUAGCUUUAAAGUCAAGUAGUAUCGAAAUUAAGAAGUUCGACGGGAAAGCUUAGUUCUGUAAGCUGUUGUUGGAGACUGCACCCAACCAAGCGUUGCCUGGUUCUCUUCCCACAUUGAACUGGUUUCCUCCUGGGUCACUGCAGUCGCUCUAUGGAAUCCUGGGUACCAGAUUUGAUACAGAAAUGAGACUUAGCUGAAAUUCCAGGUUUGAGGUGAACACACCCUUGUGUGGUUGAUGCUCCGACGUCACAUUCCUGCUUCUUUAUUUCUGGAGUACCCAGCUUCUUGAGUUUAGUUCAUCAUGGGUGACGGCGACUCCACCAGUUCCAUGCGUCUAAAGCAAGAGAUCUCGCUCCUGCAUGGCGUCUGCCUCAUCGUGGGGAACAUGAUUGGCUCGGGCAUCUUUGUUUCCCCCAUCGGUGUUCUUGAGAAAACAGGAUCUUAUGGUCUGUCUCUGGUGAUUUGGGUUAUCGGAGGAAUCUUCUCUGUUUUUGGCGCCUUGUGCUACGCUGAGCUGGGAACCACUAUUCGCAAGUCAGGAGCCAGUUAUGCCUACAUCCUGGAGACCUUUGGAGGCUUCUUGGCUUUUAUUCGUCUGUGGACGUCGCUGAUGAUCGUGGAACCGGCCUGCCAGGCGGUCAUUGCUCUUACUUUUGCUAAUUACCUAGUGAAACCGUUCUUUCCUACCUGCCCGGCACCAUAUGAGGCAGUACGGCUCAUUGCAGCUCUCAUUAUAGGUCUUCUUACCUUUGUGAAUUGCAUGAAGGUGAAAUGGGGGGCCAUUCUUCAGGUCAUCUCUACUGUGGCUAAAGUCCUGGCUCUCAUCGUCAUUAUCAUUGCUGGAAUGGUUGUGCUGGCCCAAGGAAAAACAGACAACUUCAGGGAUUCGUUUGAGAACUCUAAACUGGAUGCAGGAAACAUGGCUCUGGCGCUGUAUGCUGCUCUAUACUCUUAUUCUGGCUGGGACACCCUGAACUUCAUCACGGAGGAGAUUAAAAACCCAGAGAGGAAUCUGCCAUUGUCUAUAGCGAUCUCCUUGCCUAUUGUCACAGUAAUCUACAUCCUGACUAAUAUUGCUUAUUAUGCAGUGAUGGACAUGAAUACACUACUACAUAGUGAAGCUGUGGCUGUGACGUUUGCUGACACUGUGCUGGGAUAUGUUAGCUGGCUCAUCCCGCUGUCUGUGGCCAUCUCGUGUUAUGGAGGUUUAAACUCCUCUAUCAUUGCCGCCUCUAGGCUAUUCUUUGUGGGUUCGCGUGAGGGCCACUUACCCAACGUCCUCUGCAUGAUCCACGUCAAACGCUACACACCAAUCCCAGCCCUGCUGUUUAAUGGUGGCAUGUCACUCAUAUUUCUCUGUGUGAAAGACGUGUUCCAACUAAUUAAUUACUUCAGUUUUAAUUACUGGCUGUUCAUCGGCCUUUCCAUAGGCAGUCAGAUCUACCUGCGCAUCAAAGCACCUGACCUGCCCCGUCCUGUCAAGUUGAGUCUGUUCUUCCCUAUAGUGUACUGUCUGUGCAGCGUGUUUCUGGUGGUUGUACCGCUCUACAGUGACACUAUAAACACUCUGGUGGGAAUCAUCGUUGCUCUCUCCGGGGCUCCUGUGUAUUAUAUAUGUGUGCACCUCCCGCCCAGCUCCAGACCCGCCAUUCUGGGACACAUGCUCGACACAAUUUCAUUACAGACACAGAAGCUGUGUUAUUGCUGUGUGGCAGAACCCGGUUUGGACCUGGACAAUCUGCCUGAGGAUCACAAAAAAGAAUAAGGACCAGCUCUAAAGGAAGCUAAACCAAAGAAGCCGGAUUA